AUGUCCGUACCAAAAGCACCAACGCUUAAUUUCAUCGAAGCUUCGGAGACCACGAUUGUUGUCGAGUUUGAUCCCUCGUCGGAUGCCGGAGUGUCCUACAUUUUGCAGUGGAAAGACCAUUCGCAACCUUGGUCGGCGGCAAGUACCAAGACUAUACGGGCGUCGUCUGGAAAGACUAAAGCCGAGGCGGAGCCGCUCGAGCCGGGAACCACGUACUGUGUCCGACUGAUGGUGCGGGACGCUUCUGGCCAGGACGGAGAGCCUAGUCCGCAACUCGUGCUUGAUACCGAGCAAGUUGGAUGUACACCCAAAGCGGACAAGGCAUGCUGCAUCCUUCUAUAA